AUGGACGACCGCUUCCGCCAGCAUGGACUUCCUCAGCCAUCAGGUGGCCAGUAUCAGUCUCUAGGACACCAGUCCUACAAUGGAUCACAAUCCCACUUGCCAACCUUGCCUCCCCUUCAGCACGGUAGCUCUUCCCAGUAUCCAUCGAUGUACGGUGGCCACCACAAUAGCAACCCUCAGACGCCUUUGACCCCCCAUACGCCCGCGUCUUCUGCGCCCAAUGCAAACUCCUCGAUCCCUCCCAUCGCACAGCAUCCUCCGCUGCGACCUAUACAGCCCUCGCCUGCUUCGUACAUGUUGCCAACGUCUUCAUACUCUUCUUCCCAGCCGCCUCUGCUCCCAACGGCUGCGGCCCAUUCGAACGCGCAUCAAUUGGCUCCGGCCCCGUCGUUGAAUGGACUCCAAGAUCUUCGCGCUGGAGCUCCUGGCAUGGGAAUGCACGCGCAGUUGUACCCUCACGCCCCAAUUCUGCCCAACUCAGAGCCGGAGCCCGUGCAUGUGGUUGGCCAGCAAGGUCGCCGUGGAGUCCUCCCAACACACCCCGGAAGACCAGCGCCUACCGUGGGAAAGGCACCCACCAACCCAAAUAAGAAUGCUGAAGGCAAAUAUGAGUGCCCACACUGCAACAAAACUUACCUACACCUGAAGCAUCUUAAGCGCCACUUGUUGCGACACACUGGCGAGAGGCCUUACCAGUGCAACUUGUGCAAGGAUACUUUCUCGAGAAGUGACAUCUUGAAGCGUCACUUCCAGAAAUGUUCCAUCAGGCGUGGAAACCCUACGGGUGCUAGUCACUUGCAGAAUGCGCAGAACCAUCUUCAGAAGAAUCGCCCUCAGAAUGGCGCCGAGACGAACACGUACUUGAACCACAUGAACUCUUCCGUGCCCUACAGCGACGCGAACUAUGGUAACGGGCUCGUCGGAAUGGCUCCUAUGCCCCCUAUGGGAUCGGACCCAACCGCAUACAAUGACAAUCUCCCCCCGAUGUCUGCCCACCAGCAGUCCAUGUCCGCGCGUACUUCCCGAUCCAAUAGUCUCAUUCGCCCUGGAAGCGGCGUCGAGGAGAACCGCCGCAGCAUGUCCGCUCUUGAAUUCGGUAAUCCGCGCGUAAACUAUAACGGUAACGACUACCGUGGUGCUUCCGGUCUGUCCAACAACAUUUCCGCUCACGACUUGAACUCGUACGGAGCACAGCAGGGACAAAACCCGGCCAACGUGUCUGGCGGUCCUAACCACUACAACUAUGAUGCUGGUGUCAAUCACCCCGAGAUGACGCAGAACAAUAUGCCAGUCAAAUCUGAAGAUGCAAACCCGACCAGCUACCCUCGGCCAACUCUCCCAAACGUUGAUGGAAUCUCAAACCCCCAGGAUAGCCCACUCAGAUGGAAUGGCUCCUUCAACGGAGAGCACCAAGACAACUUUCUCAUGACAUCGAGUAUGGCGAGUGGCCCAAUCCCUGGAAAAACGUCAGAUGAACCCUCUCGCCCUAGCAUGUUCAGUGGUUUCUAUUCCGAUGCUUCUGGGUUGGUCGACACGCCGUUGUUUGAUAAUUGGGUCUCUGGCCCGUCUGAUCCUCUACAGUCUAAAGCAGAAGCGUUGAUAUCGUUCUGUUUCCCCGAAUCACCCUCACUGGCGUCCGGAUCGCAGGAUGCCCAAGAUUUUGAAGGCCUGAAAGCCAUUUUAUCUGCGGAUAAUCUGCAACACUUUUUGGAAGGAUACAAAAACUGGCAUUUCCACUGGCCGAUGAUACAUAUGCCUUCUUUCAACCCCGUUAAUGCAUAUGAUGGUCUCGUCUUCGCGAUGGUUUGUGUGGGAGCUGUGUACUCCAGCCGCAUGGGUAUGACGCAAGUUCGGUGGUUGAUGGAUCUUUUGGAGAAAUGUCUGUGUCGCUCUUCGACAUUAUAUCAGCAUGCGACACGAAUCGGGUCUGGAGUGGCCGCCAACGAGAAGCUCGAAACGAUUUGUCUCGAAGAGAUACAGGCACUGCUACUUCUUCAUACCUUGUUAAUCUGGCAUGGCAGCCAACAACAACGCCAGAAAGGAAGGGAGAAAUAUCGAACUCUUGCCAAUGUCGCUCGGCGUGCGGGUCUGUUACAUCCUUUGCCCCUGACAAAUCCCACUUCUAGCGUGUUACACCAACCGGGACCUCUUGAUGGUAAAGAGUUGGAUGUUUGGACAUGGGAAUCAUGGGUCGAACAAGAAAAGCGAGUCCGAUUGUUUUAUCUUAUCUUCCUGAUGGAUGCAUCACUCGUUAUGUUCUUCAACUUGCCGCCACAGUUUGACCCCAAAGAGAUUUCUCUACCCUUGCCAUCCGACGAUGCCGCAUGGGAAGCUGGUUCAGAGGAAGACUGUGCCACGGCCCUCGGCCUUCGGGGUGCAGUUGCGCAAAAUGGAAAUGUCACGGGCAGUCGAAGGCCUAAGCAAGUCUACAUGUCCGAAGCUCUUCACCACCUUCACCAUGGAGGCGAUUUCCCGCAGAGAGGCACGAAUGUAUACGGCAAAUUCGUUCUGAUCCAUGCUAUUCAUGUCGAAAUAUACAACAUCCAGCACCAGAUUGUCAACCUGACGGCGCGGUCCAACAUCAACGGCUUUUCUUCGAGCGGCACAAGCACGCCACAAUCUCAGGACUGGACAUCUGCGGAUGGCAACAAGAGUAACGGGAGCAGUGGGCGUGCGACUCCAACCGAAGGAUCGAACCAACAGUUCGCUCAAGCCCACCACAAACUGCGCGUUGCCAUGGGCUCUCUCGAACUUUGGAAGCGGCAAUGGGACGAAGACAUGUCUAUUCAGUAUCCCGGCAACCAGCGACGUCUUGGCUUCUGCCGAGACGGCAUCCAUUUCUACUUCCUGGCACGCGUGUUUCUUCGAAACUCCCGACGCGAAGAAUGGGCAGCUCAAGCCGAUCUCCGCUGUCAACAAGUGUUCAAUAUCCUCAAACAGAUCAGAGCCCAUGUUGCUUCUGACUCUGCCCAAAAAGGACUGGAUAUUGGAUCAGUGACAGCGAUCGACGACAAUUAUGGGCUGGCCGACCUGACACUAGACAUGAAGCUCCUCUUCACGCCAAUCGACUCAAGCGCUAAUUAG